GUCAUCAACAAGGCCUGCCUGCUGCUCGCCGCCUGUUGAAUAACUGAUUCCUCCUUUUGCUCAACGUCUGGCAUUCGCAGACAAGGCAGGGUGGGUAGGAUUUAUUUGGUCGGGUGGACGAUCACAAAGUCAGCAACCAUGGUGUUUGUGGGUCCUGCCUCCAUCAACUCCGCGGAGAACCUGACGGCAAACAACUCCUCCCAGAGCUCCACUCCCUUCCCUGCAGGCAUCCCGGAAAUCGUCUGCUUCAGCUUCUUGUUCUUCCUUGUCGGGGUCGUCGGCAUCGCCGGUAAUUGUUUGGUCGUCUACGCCGUCGUCUGCGACCGCAAGAUGAGGUCGUCGGUGACCAACCUCCUCAUCAGCAAUCUGGCCAUCGCUGACCUCAUCAUCAUGGUCUUCGGGGUGCCCGAGAUCGUGCAGUUCAUGAUGAACAAAGGCUGGGUUCUGGAGGCGCUCCUGUGCAAGAUCAACCGCUUCGUGCUGGUUGUCUCCCUUUACGCUUCCGUGCUGACGCUGGUGUCCAUCUGCGUGGAGCGGUAUAUCGGCAUCAUUCACCCAAUCAGAGCCCACAUCCUGUGCAACCGUCGCAGGAUAGGGUUAGUGAUCGGACUCGUCUGGCCGGCGUCCUGUCUGGCUGGCGUGCCCACCCUGAUCUUCAACCGGGUAGCGUCCGGCCACCCAGAGCUCAAUGUCGAGUACUGCAUGCUGACCUUCCCCAUGGAUCACGAGUUUUACUACCUGAUGUUCAAGUACCUGGAGUUUGGGUUCUUCUACGUGGCCCCUCUGAUCGUGCAGGUGGUGCUGUACGCUCUGGUGUCUCGGCAGCUGUUCAUGGGCUCGGAGAAGCUGCAUCGGCGCCUGACGGUGCUGGACGAGAACGGACUGGCCAAGGAAAGGUCAUCGGAGGCCCUGAUGCUGCGCAAGGGCGUCGUCAAGAUGCUCAUCAUGAGCGUCGUCGUGUAUUUCCUCAGCUACUCCCCGCAGCACGUGCUGUUGUUGUACCAGACCCUCCGCCCUGCCCACUUCCACGACACCUGGACAGUAAACGUUUUGGUCAUGAUCGUCGCCUACAUCAAUUCCGCCGCCAACCCCAUUCUGUACUCCAUCUUCAGCCAGAACUUCCGCAAGAACUUCCGGGAGGCGUUGUGCGCAUGGCGGAAGAACGUCCGGCGCCGAGCCAAGAAAAAGGAGCCCAGACGUCACUCGACCUUCAGCACCAGCUCGCGCUUCGGUCGACUGGCCAGCCUCGUGCCGUCAGCCAACACCGACUUGUGACAUCAGGGCCGCGUGUCACGUGCCGUCACCCAUCCUGACCUUUGAUCCGCAGGAGGAAGCCGGUUCGGUAGCGCAGCGGCGAAACACUCGCUUAUCACCCUUUCAGUAAGAUUCGGAAGGUCCCAUGUUCAGAUCCCGUCUCGGGCGUAUUUACUCAUUCCUGAAUGUGACAUACGUUUAGGCUGUUGAAAGGUUUACUCUGAGGACUCCUGUUUUUUUUUUUAUUUUGUAUCCUCCAUCAUCCCUUUCCACUUUCCUUGAAUAGUGCGAAAUCACCUCUAGGAGAAAGCACUUUUCCAUCAAAUAAACAAAAUAACCAGAAAGUUAAAGGAAUAUCAUCGUAUCACGUGAUCGGGUUUGCAUUUUCUGCAUAAACUAAAUCCUGACAGACAAUAUGUUUUCCUUCUCAUCACUAUAUUCAUCACAACAGGCGUGAAAAAAAAAACCGAUCUGAUUCGACGAACUCUUUGCACUGAUGGAAAAUUUCAUUACAGUUUUGAUAAAAAAAAACUAUCUGCUUCAAAUAAAAAAUUAAGUAAUCAAGUUAUACAAUACAUCAAAAAGCAAACCAUUGACUAACUGGUCAAUGGGUUUGUGAAUUUGUCUUCAGCUUCCCACGGAGCAUUUCAUUUUCCACCAGCAUGUGUCUCUGACUACUCAUCUACCCUCUGUGUCGAGGUUGUUCAAGAAUGUGGUGCUCCCCUUUGACGGAGCUCUUCUUCUCGGUAAAUUCUCAGGGGACGUGUAAUGAAUAUCAUCAGUUGAUAAUGUCACGAGGGGAAAAAUAAUUAAAUGAGAAAAAAACACAAAGAAAGAAUCGUUUUUUCCCACAGCAUGGCAGAUCAGAUCCCAAGGUUCGAUCACUAAUUUAAAAACUAUGAAUUGGAAUGAAUCCUGUGGGUGGUACACGACCUGACUUCUUUUUACAUCUCCAAGCAGGACUCCGGAGAAUUGUAAGUGACCAUUAGACAUGUUGAUGUCAUGAUAAUCGUGAAUGGAUUUUCUUUUUGCCGCUCAUUUCCCCUCAAAAUAGAAAAAACUGAUGUGUUGCUGUUUUUAGCCGACUGUAUUAGGUCCUUA